CCAUCACUAAUUCGAGUUUUUUUUGUUGGGGUUUGAGGGAUAAAUUAAUGCUGCGCUAGGCAAAAUAAGCUGUGGAUAAUCCCGAAAGGAUUGCCGGGGACCGCGGCCAUGAAUUUCCCGUUGGCGAAUGCCAACAAGGACACUUUGAGGGCUGCCUGCAAGAAAUGCGGCUACGCCGGUCACCUGACCUACCAAUGCCGCAAUUUUCUCAAGGUGGACCCCAACAAGGAGAUUUUGCUGGAUGUGGAGAGCACCAGCUCGGACUCAGAGCUGGACUACCUCACGCCGCUCACGGAACUGAGAGCCCAGGAGCUAAAAGGAGGCGCUGAACUGCCACCAGUGGUCUCCAAGGGUAAAAACAAGGACCGGGGCAGGGACAAGCUCAAGGAGGAGGAGCGUGAAAAGGACAAGGACCGCGGGCAGACGAACAGGAAGCGGAGCAGCUCGAAACGGAGUCACAAGCUGGACAGCAAAGACAAGGACAAGAAGUCCCUGCGACACAAGAAGCGCAAGAAAAAGAGCCGAAAGCACAAAAAGUCGAGCAACGAGGUGGAAAAGCCAAAAACCAAGUCGGGCAAAAGACCCAGCAGCGGCAACACCAGCAAGAAGUCCAAAAGACGCCGCUCCUCCUCGACCUCCAGCUCCUCCUCAUCGGAUUCAAGCAGCUCAUCGGAUUCCUCAAGCGAUUCAUCCGAAUCCGAGUCAGAUUCCAGCGACAAUGAGGAGUCCAGCACCAGCGAAUCGGAUGAGUACGGGCGCAAAAAGAAGCGGCAGGGCAAGUACAAGCGAAAGUCAACGGACACGGCCAUGUUGCGGCGGAAGAAGACCAAAGUGAAGCGGAAGCGCCACCGCGCCGGCGGAUCCGGUGCUCCGACCGCCGGUAGUAGCUACCUGAGCAGCCUCAGCGACAGCAGCACCUACUAAUGGAUCAGGAUAAAGAUCAGGACACACAGCUGCCUCCCAAAGCACUCGCUCCGUAAACUAGUUCGAUUUCCGUUUAGCCGUAAAAACAGAGGGGGAACACCUGCCUUUCCCCCUAUCUUCCACACAGAGACUGCCUCUAGUUCCAGGCCCGACAACUUCCCAAAACUCUUCCCCGGAUUACGAAAGCAAACACUGAACCCUAGACUUGUCCUAGCCCUUAAGUUUCAGCAAUGAUCUGCUGCAAAUACAACAAAUUAGUUUGUACAAGAA